CUUAAUAAUAAUAAUAAAUAUAGUAAAUAUUUAACCCAGCAAAAAUGGAUCCCAAUCGUUAUUAAUAAAAUUCACCAAAUCUUAAAGACUUCUAUAAUCAAGUGAAAAUUAAUCAAUCAAUCCAUAUAAAAUAUUAUUAAUAAUCAUAAAUAAGAGGUAUUUUCAAGCACCUUGAGAGAUAACCCUGAAAGUUCUCAAAAAUGGAUUACUAAGAUAUCUUGGGAGACACAUUAAAAGGCACCAAAAUGACCGAAUACGUGACGCCCAUGAUAAGCAACGUCCUGAAGAAGUACCAGACGAGUGCCACCAAAUCGCUCCAGGGACCAGGACAUGCUCUCAAUGCCGCCGGCGUUGUCCUCGGUGACAUAACCAGCAAUGGGAGAAGCGACAGUCCUGGCCUCCUCCUUGGCAAAUGCCAGGCCACAUCGCCGGUGGUGGCCGCCGCUCUGAUUAAGAAAGAGAUUCUAAGUUCCCCGGAGCCGCAGGAACUGCAUCAUCAUCAUGAUUGCUCCACCGGUAGCAGGGGGAGUCCGCCCCAGAUAUAUCCACCUGCGACACCGCCGCGGGAACUAUCGCAGCCCAUACUAUCGAUGGCGGAUUCGGGAUGCGGUGAACUGUACGAGACGCGGCUGGAGGGCAAGACCAUUGGCUGCUUCUCCGUGGGCGGCGAGAUGAGGCUGUGUCUGCCGCAGUUUCUCAACAAUGUCUUGAACGACUUUUCGCUGGAGCAGAUCAAUCGGAUCUUCGACGAACUGGGCAUCUACUGCUCCCAGUGCACACCGGAUCAGCUGGUGGAGUUCAAGGCCGCCAAGAUCCUGCCGUCGGAUGUGAAGGCGAGUGGAUUGAUCACCCGAACGGAUGCCGAGCGUCUGUGCGCCGCCCUGCUCCAUCGAUCCGAUCGGAACAGCUAUGUGCCCAUCGAGAGCCUGGCCAAGGGCGCUCUCAGCUUCCACGUCUAUCACAAGUGCUUCGGGAAGUGCGAGGGCAUCUGUACACCGGAUAUGUACUCGUACCAGAAGCCGACCUGCAUCAAGUGCCUGGAGUGCGACGGCUGGUUCUCGCCCCAGAAGUUCGUCGGCCAUGUCCAUCGCAAGUUCGAGAACCAGACCUGUCACUGGGGCUUCGACUCACGCAACUGGCACGACUACCUCCACGUGGCGCUCGAUGUGGAGAACCGCGAGAAGUACCAGAUCAUCCUGGAUCAGCUCAAGGAGGUGGAGCUCAAGGAGAUGCACAAGCAGAUGCACAAGCAGCAAGGGGAAAUGGAUCAUAAGAAACGAAAGCCGGAAAUGCUCUUGGAUGAUGGUCUUUUGGCCACUGGACAUGUUCUCGGCUUGGCUGGACAUCCGCAUGGACUGGUGGUUGGUGCCUUGGCACCGCCACCGCCGCCGCCAAUGAAACAACCGUUGCUGGACAAGAAGCGGGAGCAGCAGCUGAAAGGCUCCGCUGGUGGAGCUGGAGCCACGCCCACGCUGGAGUAUCACUACCAGAUCAUGUAUGCGCACUGUGUGCAGCAGCAGCAGCGGGAAAGGGAGCGGGAGCGGGAGAGGGAAAGAGAGCGGGAGCGGGAGCGGGAGCAUCUGCCACAUGCUCAUCCGCUGCCCCAUCAGCAUCGCGCUGUCCUGGUGGCAGCCGCACCACAUCCGCAUGUCCCGCACGUGCUCCAUCCGCCGCCGCCUGCGCUCAGCUCCUCGUCGGCCUUCCAGCCAUGGGGAGCGACCACCACCAAGGCCUUCCUGCAUGCCUAUAGCGCCACACUGUCCUCGCUGCCCUACGCCUGCCAGGAGCCGCCGGAGCUGCAGAAUCCGGAGCGUGUGGUCCGCAGCACGGACAAGCGGUACGCGGAGCGUACGUAUCAGCCCAAUGUGGCGCUGGCGCCGCGCAAGAGCAUACUGUCCAAGGAGCGGGAACGGGAAAGGGACAAGGACCGGGACCGGGACCGGGAGCGAUUGGAGCGAGAGGCGGCACUGAUGGAGCGUCAACGGUUGAGAGAGAAGGAAUCAAGGGACAGCCAUCAGGUGGUGCACAUCAAGCAGGAGAGAUCCCAGACACCGACACCCACGCCCACGCCCACAACGACGCCGGAGGAGGAGGAGGCACAGCUGGAGGUGGUAGAGCCACCGCACACCUCCUCCAGUGGCAGCAACUCACCCGAGACGGCUCCAGCUCCGGCGGCAGCAGCAGCUCCGCCAUCCUCUAACCUCCGUAACAUGCGCAGUCCCGAGGAGUUCUCGGCGGGCGGCAGCAACGAGAUUACCUCCUCCACAUCACCGCAUCACCAGCAGCAGCAGCAGCAGCAGCAGGUGCAUCCGGCAGGAGCUGCUCCUCCACCGGCCACGUCGCAGCACAUCAUUGCCACCGUUAACCAGCAUGCCAAACUCUUGCCCAGCUCCUUGCCAAUGCAGAAUGGGAGCAGCUCAUCCCUCACGGCCACCCACAACGAACCGAGUAGGAUUCGUAUCAACAAGAACCUGAUGAUGAGUCAGCAGCAGCAGCAGGUGACCCCUCAUCUCCACCAGCACCAUCAUCACCUGCACCACCUGCCCGCCCACCAUAUGCAUCACUACAGCAUUCAUGGCUACUACAAGAGCCAGGGCUCCUCACCCACUCAAUCCUCCAGCGCCGGAGGAGGCCUCAAUCUGAGUACUCACUCCUCCAACGUGGUCAGUUCGCCCCAUCACACGAAGGUCACAGCGAACGGGAAGCCCCAUUUGGGCAGUGAAUUCGAGCUAUCCACGGACACCGAUGAUACGGACAGUCUGAACGGGGAGCCCGACUCCAGUGCCAUGUUGCCGCCGUGGGAGCAGGCGGUGGAGUCCCUGCGAGAGACACGGCCCAGGGAUCGGGAGCGAGUGUUGCAUUUGCUGCAGACGCUGCUCCAGGAGAACCAUCAGUAUCGGUACAAUAACCUCCAGUUGAGCGAGCUGCUCCACAAGCAGGACGCGCACAUAGCCGAUCUCACGGAGCAAUUGCAGCGCUAUCGAAGGCAGUUCGAGGAGCAGGACUGCAAGGUAGAUCUUCGCAAGAUGCCAUUCAAGAAGCAACAGCAGCAGAAGACGACUCAGCUGGACGAGGUCCUGGUCGAAGAGGGCAGGGGCGAGCCAGCAGCAGAGGAAGAGGAGGAUCAGGACGAACUCGAGGAAGAGGAAAUGGAGGAUCGAGCCAACAAUAAUAACCAGCAGGAGGCAGCGGCUCUGAUAAAGCCGGCGCCAGCGCCAACCAAUGGCCUAAGGAGGAUUGCCUGUUGCGAAGUCCAGGAAUUUGAGAAGCUAGAGGAACCGGAGAACAAGAGGAUAAAGCUCCAGGAGGAUGAGAAGAAUCCUGCCAAGAAAGUGCAGGAAGAGCAGAGUCCUCAGCCAACAGAGAAAGUCAGAGAAACUAGUGAGAAGGUCACCAAGAGUCCGCAGCCCAGUCAAAUCUCUAGCGAUGAUGAGGAAAUGGAGGAAGAUGACGACGAGGAGGAGGAUCAGGCAGAUCACGAAGAGCAGGAGGACGACGAUGAAGACGAGGACGAAGAGGUUCAGGCCCAGGCUCCGCAUAGCAGUGCCCUGGCCACGCCUCCCACGGCCACCACGCCCAUUUCCCCGGAUUCGGCGGCCACAGCCGGAAAUUGUCAGCUGUUCGAUAGCAGCAACAGCAGCGAUGAGUCAUCGAUGAAGAAGGCCCAAAUGUCUGCCUGCCAUGCUCUCGAGAAGAUCACCAGCCAUGUGGGUAGCGAGGAGACCAAGGAGGAGAGCCAGGAGGAUGACGAGGAAGAGGAGGAGGAGGAGGAGGAGGAGGAGGAGGAGGAGGACGAAGACUCAGAGGACGAUGAGAUGCCGCUGCAGCAGCGACAGCAGCGUCAAAGGAGCACAGCGCGACCUCAGACUAUACUCAGUGGUUCAGCCUCGGCAGGACACCACCACCAUCCACAGGCACACCCACAGUCACACCCACAGUCACAGUCACAGUCACAGCCACACCCACAUCCACCCAUGGCCACCAAGGCCAGCAAGAAGCAGACACCACCACUGACAACAACAGCAACCACAGCCACUUCAACCACAACGACAACGAACUGCGAGUUACAAAUCAAAAAGGAAAUAGCCUAGAAAUGGGGAAACUUCUAAAGGAUCUCAGCUCUUAAAUACAGAAAAAAAACCAGGCAGACAUUUUAAAUGUUAUUAU